CGAGAGAGAGAGAGAGAGAGCUAGUUUAAAGGUUUUGGGUUUGCACAAUUGCUUCAUCGCCAUAACUUACUCAAUCCCUAAUUCUAUCUCUCUCAAAUCAAUCAGAGUGAGGAACGAGAAUACGAUUUGAUCACCCUUCCACGUACGUUACUUUGAGAAAGAACGUGCUCUUGGAUUUGAGACAAAAGUAAUGGAUUUUAAAGGUAUAACAUGGGUUGGUAAUGUCUACCAAAAGUUUGAAGCAAUGUGCUUGGAGGUCGAAGAGAUCAUCGUGCAGGACACGGCUAAAUACGUUGAGAACCAAGUUCAGACUGUUGGAAACUCCCUCAAGAAGUUCUGUUCGGACGUGGUCCAAGAUUUCAACCCCGAUGACUCUGUAGGUUCGGGGAAACAGUUACCUGUUUCUAUGUUACAUGAAUACGCUCCUGUUUGUUCUUUCAAGAAGAAAGGAGAUAGCGUGAACCAGAAGACCAGAGAUGCGAAGCGAGAACAAGAAGGGAAGAAGGAUGUAUUUGACAUGAAGCUCCGUGGUGUCGAUGCAGAUGAUUACGAUAUCUGUACUUCUCCAAGGCAGUAUAGUUACGGAAGUCCAUAUAGAAGAACACAGCUCGGUCGCAAACAAGUCACUAGGCCUUACACGGUGAAAGACUCGUGCAGUAUGUCAGUGGUUCAUAGAGCUCGUGUCAAACAUGAUGUUGGAACUGUAAAGUCAAGUGAUCCUCCUCCAGGUGGAGUAGCAAGACUCGUUUCUAAAGACAAGUGUCAGAAAGAUGAUAGAAGCAAAGAUCAUCACGGUCUAACAGUGGUUGAUUCUGGUAGAAGUCAUGAGUCAGAGCUUAGAACCAAAAACGACCACGGUCUUACUGCUGUUAAUCCUGUUAGAAGCCAAACCAAAAAUGACCACGGUCUUACUGUUGUUAAUCCUGUUAGAAGUCAAGAUUCAGAGACUAGAACCGGAAAGGACCACGGUCUUGGGGUGGCUGAUUCUGUUAGGAGCCAAGAUUCUGAGAUUCAACCGUCUGUUGCCACGAGCUUACCUGCAGGAUCUGAUGAUUGCAGAAAAGAAACCGAUGAAGACUCGAUGCAAACUAAAACUAGUUCGAGUUCUGUCGCAGAGUCAGAGCAGAGAGCAGAGAUUCUUCAACAGCUUAGUGGAAGAUCAGUUGAAGAAAGCUGUAUCAUUGUGGAUCGAGACGAAUUGCAUUGUGUUUUCCCUGACAAGAAGGAGAAUGACAAACACAAACCUUACAAGAAGAUCCGGGACGCAAUAUCUUCAAGAAUGAAGCAAAACAGAGAGAAAGAAUACAAGCGACUUGCGCGUCAAUGGUACGCUGAAGAUGUUGAAAAUGGUAGAGAAUAUGGCGACAGUCAGAAACAGAUUGAGGAAGAUCAAUCACCAGAAGAAUCUGAAUGGGAGCUCCUGUAAAAUGUUUAUGGUUAUACCCAUAUAAUGUAAGUAAUUAAGCACUGUCUUUGUACAUAAUGUAUAAGCAAAAACAUAAGAAGCAGCUUAAGAGGUUCCUCUGGUUACAUAAUGAAUCAAGGCCCUUAUCUUUUAUCAAGUUCGUGUUUAAACUUCUUUAUGGGAGAAAGUCUUUCCCAUUGUGGUUGUAAAAUAAUUAUUUAUUUCUUGUCUCGUCUAAUCUUAAAUCUCCAGUUUGUUCUGA